AUGCGUAACUUCGACUACUUUGUUACGCCCAAACUCAUCGAAACUAUUCUUCCGGUGUUGCCGCACUCAACCCGCCAAACAGCCCAAAUGGCUCGAUUGGAGAAGAACGUUCAGCUGUACCGAGAGUUUUUGAUAUCCUCGGUGCAGAGGGGCCUCUUUGAAUCUGUGCUAGCGGAUCUGAUUGUUCUUAUUGAGAAAACUUGUCUAGACACUGGGUAUCGCGUUGAUCUCCCCACAACUUGGACACAAAUGGGGAGUGCACAUCCAACCUCCGCCGCUGGAAAGGAAAGUCUUGUUUAUGUUGUCGGAUCUCUCGGUCUGUUGGCUGAUUGCAUCGUUCUCGCUAUUUGUGUGGAGCUAAUGUAUAGUUCAGAGACCAAGCUGGUCCGAGAGCCGUUUAUGGACGUUUGGCAGGAAAUGAAGAAGUCAAAUCUAUUCGAAUCGGCAGCAUUUUUCCACCGGGCGUUCAGACUGAUAAACAUUCUCGGCGACGACAUAACCCCGCUACGUUCACUACCCCCCAAGUUGUGCCACAAGAUCUUGAAGACGAUCAUGAGGAUUUCGCCGCAAACUGCACUGGCUGCUUUCGUGUUGGCACCUAAGGAAACGCUACGUACUUCUGGAUUUGUUGUGGAGAUGCUCACGGAGUAUACCCGUCUCAUCACAUACUUUUUAUGGCAAACGAACCCGAAGGAAGUUACUGAAUAUGUCGAUGAAGCUUAUCGCAGGUCUUUACCCAAGCCUGGCACCGGCAAAGGAAUGCCACCACUACAACAUGAUCGUGUUUAUAUCGACGCUGACUACCGAUUUGAUCUACUUGCAACCAUGGGGCCCAGUUCGGAUCGGAUGGCCCAGGUUCUUGACAAGACUCGCCACUUACUCAUGCAAACCCCUACAACGACGCAGCAACAGCUCCUACUGUACUUCCUGUUGAAAAAUCUUCAUGGCAACUUGAUCUUAGCCCCAAAUGUAAAAGAUGAGUGGCCAAUACAGACACUCCGAAGUGCUGAGGAGCUUUAUCGUUAUGUGAAACAGAACGUGCGCUACUCCAACAAUGUCUCUUGGAAUUACAACUAUUUGACCCUGUCAGCAUUGCUUCUUGUCAUUCCUUUCGACGAUCAUCGACCUCUGGGUACUAUGAGUUACAAUCCAGUUGAGUUUUCACAGCUGUGGCGGGAAAAGUUGGAGAUGCUCGAUUCUCCAGAGAAGUCUACUCGUCAGUGUGCCGUGUUGUAUUUCACUAAUCUGUCUGGUUUGGUUUGGCUCGGUUGCCAAAACCUCGAAAAUGCAAAGCGGUAUGAACAUGUUGCUCGCUGGAUGGUUGAUAUCUACCCCAAAAUCAAAGCAGAGCUUUUCGAUUUCGAUGACAGAGGAAGAUUACGAGCUAUUAGAGGUUCCAAGGUCGUUUUAAGUCGCUUUCUCCUGUUUUACUCAAUGUGGAACCCGGAGGAGCUAAUCAAUGAUUGCAAGGGACUUUUCGAUGUUUCCCCUGGGGCUUUGCAUUCACUGUUGUCUUGUAUAUUAUUUGCACAUACCAUAGGUGCACCAUCGAUAUGGGCUACCCUGCGCUUAUGGGAGGAUGAAAUUAUUCGCCUUUUAGAAUUAUACGCUUUGGACUCAAGUGAGCGGGAAGAGAUUUCUCAAAGAGGGCUAGUUCUUGUGUACGGCCUAACACUUUUUAUCCGCUCAUCAAGGUUUGCUCAGCGGAUAAAGCGUGAAAAUACGUUACGCUUGAUGGAAGCUCUCGUAAGACUGAUGAAGUCUCAGAUUAGCAUUUUACUGGACAAAACAAUGGAAUUUAUGAUUUGCACGAUGAAGUUCUUGUCGCAAGGUGAUUCCCUGAAUGAAUCAGCAGAGUUUUUUGGUAGAGUCUAUGAACUCAUCUCUGGCCUCAUGGCCCACCAGACCUCCAACCUUCUUAAAGCAACUGUUCACGAGGAUCUUAGCGAUAGAAUUGACCACUUUGCUAAAUUCAUGCAAUUGAGGCUGGAGGCAGGUUCAAGGCUUUAUGAACUUGGCAUCAAACGAGCCACGCGCCUAGACGCCAGUAGUGCCACAGAGCUUCGAGCUGCUGUUCUGCGCUGUCUUUGUACUGCAGAUCAUCGCACAGUCAUGAGGGCCCUAGAUUGUCUUCGUAUUUUGCACAAGGGCAUGUCGAUGGGUAUGGUUGAAUGUUACGAUGAAACUCAAACCUCAAAUAUGGCUUCAGACUAUGCACUGGUUACUGAAAUUGUCCAUUCUGAUGCGUACCAGUUGCAAUCUGCUGCUGUUGCUCACAAAUGCAUGAUUAACUUCUUGAAAGCUGUGGAAUCUCCAGGAGCUACGCUGCAAAUCCUCUAUGAUUCACUAAUGAUAACAUGGCGACAAAUGCUUGAGGAUCUUGAUCACACCAAAGAACUCGAUCCCGAUGCUCAACGUCGCAUGAUGAUUUUGCACAAAUUUAUUUUUAUUAUGCAUACCAUGUGGCUAAAUGACCGCAACCCUGAACUCCAACAACGAAGCGAAGAUCGACUCUAUGAAAUGGUCAAGUUGGUACUUUCUCCAAACCAUUACGCGCGCGACCUGACUUUUAGUUGUUUGAGCCUACGUUUAGGCCUGCAAUCCGAGUAUUUGAACCGAAUUCUUCAACUCAUCGGCAAAGUAGCAAGCACCGAGUUGAUCGACAACUACCAGAACUCCACACUCGAUAAACAUGUCUUGCUAGCAUCCCUCACCCGUCUUGUUGCGAGCGCCCAGCAGAUGAUCGAGCACAUUUACAACGACACUUCUAACAUGCGAGUUGUGAUCGAUGACUCUAUUGUUCAAGUUACUGAUCGUGUUUUGAAAACGGCACCUCCUAUUUUCUUUGAAGCUCCAGCAACUAUUGUGCCAUCACUUGAAAGAGUGUUGGGAACCGUGAUAUCGAUCGGAAAAUACGACGACUUGUUCAUGACAAAGAAAACAGUUUUGGUAGGCUCCUUACUUAAAACAUUGUUUGAUAUCAUCGAAAAGCUGAGCGAUCACUAUUUCUCGCGGGCUGAGGAACUGGCCCCAACAAUUGCCAAAGCUUUAGAUGCCUUGACCGACGGGUAUUCUUUCGAUAUUGCUCCAGAAGGUCCAACUCCGGAACAAUAUGAGAAUUUUUUGAAAUUAAUUAAAUCUGUUGACUCGUUCCGGACUAAAUUGAGCGUUACAACAGACUCGGAUCAGGGCGCUAUCACCCGAAACAUAUUCCAGCAUAGCCUCACGAAUUUGUUCUCUAGUAAUAUUGAGCUGGCAUACCUUGUUUUGUUUGAUGAUGCUUUCCUAGCUGAUGCUGAUUUGCGAAUUGGACUUUACAAUGCCUUCGCCAUUUCUGUCGAAGAAGAACAAGACACUUUCGUCCAAAUGGCUUCGAAAUACGCUAAGCUGGGAGAUUAUUUACUUGAAAAUCGUGAAGUCUUGUUCGCUAUGUGUGAUACUUGCUCUCCGACUGAUGCAGAAUCAUUAGCCGAGCUGUUGGUGUUGUUCUUCGACGGACGGAAUCAUGCAUUUGAGGUUGUUCAGGCUGUAGCCAGGCUGGAGAUCUCUCGUCAGAAAGAUUGCUGUGACACAUUCAGGCAGAAUAGUGUUCUUACCAAAACCGUCAUCACUUAUAUGGCUAUGAAAAUGUCCGAUUUCUUGACCGCACGUCUCAAGCCAGUUGUGAACCGCAUCUUGAAAUCGCGAUACGUAUUCUUGAACCGGAAGGGGGAUAAGUCCGAUGCCUUGAUGCAAUGCAGAAAUUUUGUCUCUGAUCUUGAAGCACAUCAAGAUGAAAUCCCUAUGGUUGCGCGUAAGUUUGCUCGGUUCAUCUACAAUGCUGUUGAAGAUCGCUCUGAAGGUUAUGGUCUGGUUGCUUUGAACAAUAUUUUCCUUCUUAGGUGUGUAUGUCCCGCAAUUGUCAGUCCUGAUCGAUAUGAAAUGAUGGAACGCCCGCCACUUGGAGGUGUUUUGACGUCUCUUCUCCACAGCGCAAACUCAAUCCAGAAGUAUUGUAGUCAUUCAUCUCCAGAUACUGACCUUCGUGACAGGAUGCGCAAUUUUUUCCUCCGGAUGAUAGAUGUCGAUCCAGAGUACCGUGAAGAUGCCACUUUGCCUAAUAUCAGUCACACCAAUCUCGACCAAGUGAAUUUUUCUUUGCACUUGUAUUUGUACAGACACGUCCACGAGAUUCGAAGUGCUUGCUUGAGCUCAGUAGAUUUCGACAUGGAAAAGUUCACUACGAUUCACCGAACACUAGGCAGACCUACAUCUAUCUCUCUGUUGAAUACGAAGCGCCGUCGUUCAAAAGCGUGGUCCGCUCGCUCGGGAUCAACGCGCCAAUUUUCGAGAAGUGACUCGGUAAGCGAGCAGACAAUGCCGUCAAUCAAGACAUAUAUGGGUUUGCCAUGCUUCAUACUUUCGGCUGACAUGUCGGUUGCACAUAAAAACCUUGUCCUAUCACGAUUUGUAUCCUUCCAGCAGCAAGUUAAUGAUGAGUUCACCCAGUACUGCAUGCUUCAGGAUCUGACCUUGCCUUCGAUUACAUUCGAACACUGGAUUGCUUUGAGUGAUGUCGUAUAUGAUGCAAUGCCUAGUGAGUUUAUGAGCCGAUUUAAAAAUGUGGUUCUCAAUUUACCAUACAACAUCGCACACCUUUCGCGGGAUCGGCGUAUACUUUCUCAUCCGUUAAAAGCGUACACAUACAAAACUUACUACGAUAUGGAUAUCAGUGUGAUGGAGGAGCUAGAAGUCCGUGAUAUCACGCUACAAUACGCACAUGACUUUUCCACUGCAACCUCGUUCGAACGCAUAACUGUUCAACACCAUGGGGAGCUUUUGCAGUUUGAUAUCCACGUUGGCAAAGAGGCCGUGCACAUGCGUUAUCAGGGGAUGGACUUCACCAGUAUGGAUGUAGUUCCGCUGAAGCGAGUUCAUUUGGACAAAAUGAAUUUCCGCAUUCGCCUUCAGGCUAACCAAGGCUCUUUUGCUACAACAUACGUUAUUGAGCAACAACCAAGCUUAUAUCGCAAGAUAUCAUCCUUGAAAACAAGAGCUCAAAAUCAUCGUAAGUGUGAAAAUCAUGUCAUGCACAGCGCCUAUAGCGAUCACACUGGUGCAUUGAUGUUUUUAGCUCUUGUCGAUCUGUGUGAUACAGAAUCGCCGAUUUGGGCGCCAGCGUACAAACUGUGGACUGCACUGUCAGCUUCGAUGGGUGUUAGGAUGGGUCCUGGCAUGAUCAGUGGCACCCCUCAUAUUAUCCGAAAGAUGCAGGUACGUGCAGUUGCAGCCGCUUCAAAGCAUCUUGUUAAAGUUCAUCCAGAUACUAGUGGUAUUGUGCGAAUGUUCACGAAAAUGUUAUUGUCGGACCACUCUGAUUUACAUGCAGCUUCCCGUGUGGUGGCACCAUGGCUCUCUCAUCUUGCUAGGGUUAGCCUGGGUCAAGAUAAAGAGGUUGACGCAUUGUUGGUUGCAAUGUUUGGAAAAAUGUGUGAGAGUCAAAGAUCAUGCCAAGUUCUUUGUUUCAGCCUUCUUCCGCACAUUGAGCGGUCGGAAACUGCGACUAUUUUACUAGCUGAUGCAUUGAUGGCUUUCAUUGUACACAGACGUAUGCGUGGCGAAACAACACCCGAAUGGGUAAUCGCUUCGGUUGCGUCCGUGGUUAGCCCCAGUAUCACAGAGAAUAUUUUCAAGCAUAUUCUUGCCCUGACAAACGUCGAUGUUGGCUACGAAAUCACUAACUGGAACAGUCACCCUAAUUGGUUUGAGAUCGAAGUUGAGCUCACCUUCCUGUCGUAUGUCAGAAUCGAUGCAUCUAACUUAGACGAAAGUUUGCCAUUGUUCCUGAUGGUGAUUUUAGGAUACAGUGGUGUUGGGCCGUAUCAGCUUCGUCUUGCUCAGCAUAGAAAUUUCUUGAACGUUGUGGAUGCUUUAAUGAGUUUGCCAGGAUUGGAUGAUUUCGCAACUCGUCGGUUGAAAUCGCUGUGGGACGAGCUCCAUACACCGCGUUGCCAAACACUCUUCGCCAUUCAAGACGAAACCAAGGACUCUUCAUACAAUAGCUUGACAGACUUUACGUUCCAUCAAGCGGAGCAAUUGGGCAGACUUGUUUACGAGCUCUACUCCACUGGCGCCAUCAUUUUCAGGCCAGUGCACGAGCUACGUCGCAUCAGUCAAAACGCGAUGCUCAAGCUUUCGAAAGUUGUAUUCCCUGCAUUCCAGCGGCGCUGCAUUUUUGGUCUCUGUGUUGUUCACCGAUUCGAGGUUUCUGACGAAACUUACCAGGGCUUGAUCGAUCUGCUUUUGACAGUUUUGCGCGAUUGUAAAUCUCCUGAAACACUCUUAACUUACUGCAAGGCUAUAUUCAUGGCUUUAUCAAAGUUAAUUCUGGGUGUGUCCAGAUCGUCGCCCUAUAAGCCUACGUUGAAAAUCUUCAUUUUGUCUUUCCUGUGGCAUCACAUCCUUCCAGCAUAUCCCGAAGCGUUGCCCAUGUUUACGAGCUAUAUGCUCAUCAAUGAUUACGCAGGUGAAAUUGACUCGGAGCAGGAGCGACUGGAGCUGCUAGUCAAGGACUUUGAACCUCACUUUGGGGCUUGGUGGAACAAGCACUUGGUUGCACCAGUUCCAACAGCCGAAAAUCUGGCUAUCAUUGUGAAUGAUCUGUUUAUUUUUGGUCUUCAGCACUCUGAUUCCCAAAACGUAGCCAUGGCUGCUGUGGAGACAGUGUCUUACCAGAUAACUAGCAGAGAUUGGCGUCGGCAGACUAUCACUCCUACACUAUGGUUGCCAUUUGCGGCCACGAUGUUCUUGGUCUGCCAAGAUGUAAACAAACUUCAGACGAUUCCAGUUUUGACAAAUUUCAAGAAGGGUGAAGCAUUGAUGGACAACGAGACCAUUUUGGAGGAAAUGACCAAAUGUCUCGCCUCGUAUUUGAACAAGGCUACGCCUAACACAAUUGUGACAUUGGCGCAAUGCUGUUCUUUAACCGGACAUACCUCGUCAAUGAGCUUUAUGCAUGCUGGUCCCCGUCUAUUGAAUCUACUGUCGUAUGUCGAAAACGCUGAUGUGAUAAGUUUGAUCUGUCCUCUGUUAAGACCUACCAUGCUGCGACUUUUGGAAUUAGACGACCCAGAAAUGAACGCACGUGUUCUUGAGUGGACGCAGAAGCUUGUCAAGCCGCGGCCUGAUAAGAAUUGGGGAGCACAACUGCACGAGAUUUUGACUUCUAGUGGGUUUGGUUACCUUGUGGAUGAAAACCUGAAUCUUCUUCCCGAGAAGCCGCAUUACAAGAUCACAGAGGAGAUUCGGGAAUCACUUAUCGGCCUGUGCGAUAGCUUCUUCAGUGCGCUAGAGGUGUUUAAGAAUAAGUGA